AUGGGCAUGGGCGGGGGAGAAGCCCCAGCCGAAGCACGACGCGCAGCAGGAGCAGGAGUCCAAGUCGCGAGCUCCAAGAUUGUGGUGGAAAAGCUCACCAGAAAUGUGACCGAAGCCCAUUUGCGUGAGAUCUUUGGCUCAUACGGUCGCAUCGAGUCGAUUGACCUCCCACUGAACAAACAAUUCAUGACAAAUCGCGGCACGGCAUACAUUCUUUACGAUCAUCCUUCCGGCUCAGAAUCUGCCAUUGCCCACAUGCAUGAGGCCCAACUGGAUGGUGUCGUCAUUUCUCCAGAUCCUCCCGAUAUGGCCCACUACCCUCCCGUUACGGACCACCUCCAAGAGGACCUCCCCCACCGAGAUAUCGAAGCCCUCCCCCCAGGAGAGGCGCCUACGGUGGAGGGAGGCGAGCAGCAGAAGACGACACGUACGUUCCACGUGACACAUAUUCAAGGUCUCCUUCACCGCCCAGGCGGCGUCGGCGGUCACCGUCAUAUUCCAGAUCCCCAUCUAGGACACCGCCUCGAAGACGUGGCCCACCGGCUCGAAGUCCACCAAGGCGGAGAAGACGCAGUCCAAGUUACAGUUCUCGGAGCAGUUACAGUCGGAGUAGAAGCAGAAGCAGAAGUCGGUCAAGAAGCAGACCCAGGUAUGGAGGAAGAAGAUGAGCUGAAUGAGAGUCGAUGGACUGUCGUUUUAUCUCCUCGAACGGAGAAUAAAAGAAAAAUACGAGCGAUACUCGAAAUGUAG